AUGACGGCGAAGAAGAAUGAGGCUGUGCAGAAUGGAAGUGCCAAGGAGAACGUGCUGCAGAGGGUCCUGCAGCUGCCGGUGGUGAGCUCGACCUGCGAAAGCCUUCAGCGGACCUACACCAGCACCAAGGAGGCCCACCCGCUCAUGGCCUCGGUGUGCGAGGUCUACGAGCGGGGCGUGCAGGGUGCCAGCGCCUUGGCCGUGCGGAGCAUGGAGCCCGUGGUGCGCAGGCUGGAGCCUCAGUUCGCUGUGGCUAACAACCUGGCUUGCCGGGGCUUGGACCACUUGGAGGAGAAGAUCCCGGCCCUCCAGUACCCCGUUGACAAGCUCGCGUCCGAACUGAAGGACAGCAUCUCCACCCCGCUCCAAAGUGCCAAAAGCACCAUUGGUAACUCCAUGGAUAAGAUCAUGGAGCUGGCAGCGGAGGGCUACGAGGCCACCAAGAGCACGGUGGAAACGACAGCAAGGUACACGAGGAGGAACUCAGUGAGCCAGAUGGCAGCCGCAGGGGUCGACACAGCCCUGGGAGGGCUGGAGAAGCUGAUGGAGUACCUGCUGCCAGAGGAGGAUGAAGAAGCAGAUCAGAAGCCCAAAGAGAGGCGUGAGUCAGCAGUAAAGGUCUCCCAGCAGCAGCCCAGCACUCCCAGUGCUCCCAGCACCCUGGCCCGGAUUGGCGCCUUGGUUAGCACCGUCUCCCACCGUGCUUACCAGCAAACCACCCACAGCCUCCAGCGUGCCAAAGCCAAAGGGCAGGAGCUGGCCACCUGGAUCCCCAUCCUGGGCAACCUGGCCAAGCCAAGUGCACCUGAGGUGCCGCAGGUCCACGGUGAUGGGCAGAGCACCACAGCCGGCUGGCUGAGCCGGCGGCAGAGCAAGGUGCCGGAGCAGAAGCAGGAGAAGGCAGGGAAGAAAGACAGCAACGACAGCAAGGAGGCAGGGGACAGCCCCGGGCUGGUGGGCAGCAUGGCUCACAACCUGCAAACCGCCUGCGCCUCCGGCAUCUCCAGUGUGAAGAAGGUCCCGGCCGUGGCCUGGGACGCAGCAGAGGGGUUGAUCCUCUUCACCCCCCGCAGGCUGUCCAAGGCCAUGGAGACAGUGGAUGCUCUUGGGGGGACCCUCGUCAGUGCCCCCAAGCAUCUGCUGGGCACCCUGUACAGCUACGUGCCGCUCCGCAGGCAGUCAGCGAAGGAAGAGGAUGCGUCCGGCGGCAGCAAGCCCAGCCCGGAGACGGAGCAGAAGGAGGAGGACGCCAAGCCUGCCACCCCCUCUGCAGAGGACAAAUCCCAGCUGAGGGGCGACUGGCGGCUGUACCGCGGCCAUCACCCCCUCUCCUUCCUGGGGCUCGAGGACCCCCUCUUCCUGCGGCACAACCUCUACCGCAGCCCUGCCUUCGAGCCCGAGUGCCCCCUCCCGCGGAAAUCCGCCUUCGCCCCCUACAACAGGCGGGUGAGCGAGGGCUCCUACCGCUUCAGCCCCGAGGCCAUGUACAGCCGGGCUUACUACACCAACCUCUACAGCCCUACCUUCAAGAAGGACUGA